AUGCCUGAAGAACGUCAUGUUGUGAUUAUUGGCGGCGGCAUUAUUGGUGCCAGCAUUGCCUAUUACAUGUCGCAGCGUGAAGAUUGUCCCAAGAUUACGUUGCUAGAAUCGAGUAAGGAUGUAGCACCUGGCGCAUCUGGCAAAGCGGGUGGCUUUCUUGCGUUGGAUUGGCAUGGUACGUCGACAGCCAGCUUGGCCGCCUUGAGCUUUGAGCUUCACCGUCAAUUGGCCAAGAAGGAGAAUGGCGCGGAACUAUGGGGCUACCGUGAGGUGGAGACGCACCAGCUGAGCUUGGACACGUCGCGCAAGGCCCGCUCGCGCCCCAAGAUUGAAUGGCUGAACCCGAACGUUUUCAUCUCUACGAGCCUGAUUGGGGGUGGCGGCACGACCGCCCAAGUCUCGCCUGGACACUUGACGCGGUUCCUCGUGCAGCGUGCAAAAGAAAAAGGUGUGACCGUGCGUGUGGAAACCAUGGCUACGGGGCUGCUGCAGAAUGACGAAGGUGUGGUCGAAGGCGUCAAGAUUAUGGUGAAUGGAAUGGAGGAGAUCUUGCCUGCGACGGAUGUGGUGCUUGCCACAGGCCCGUGGACGGGCAAGCUGUUGCAAUCGUGGUACACGCCGCAGUCUAUGCCAUCGUACCUGCGCUCGGCCGCUAUGAUUGAGGGCAGUCGUGCCCAUAGCAUUAUAAUCCAGGCGGCGAAGAACCAGCAGCUGAGUGCUGACUGCUUCUUCUCAGAGAUGCGGUACGGCACAUCCGCAGGUGCGCCCGAGUUUUACAUUCGUCCGAAGGGUGUGGCGUACGUGUCGGGCGGUACCGACGACAAGCCGAUUCCCGAGCUCGCAGACGAGGUGGACUUUGAGCCCAAGUUUACGAGUGAACUGCAACGCCAAGCGAGUGUGCUGAGCCCUGAGUUUUUGGACGUGAAGCAAGGUGCGGACCUUUUGACGGAGCAAGCGUGCUACUUGCCGAUUUCGCCACGGACUGCCGCGCCGAUUCUUGGUGGCUCGAAACAGGACCGGAUCUACGUUGCGGCGGGUCAUGCGGUAUGGGGCAUCAGCAACAGUCUGGGCACGGGCCAAGUCAUGGCCGAGCUUUUGCUGGACGGCAAGGUGGUGAGUGCUGAUAUUCGCCAGCUGCAGCCCUAA